UUUGAAAUAAAUACACGAAAAACGCCAUUACAACAUCGCGCACCUGUUAUCCAUAUCCGGAUAUGCAAGGCCAUGCUCAAAUUGCGUGUGAUAACAAAAGUUGGAAUGUAAACAUUUCGAGUUGUCCAUCUUAAAAGAUCUACACUACUAAAUAUCAACAGAACAGAAGUUUCAGUCCACAUACGAUGUCAUCAGGACUCGUCCUGGCGGGGCUUGGCCUUGCAGCUGUUGGUUUCGGAGGUCGUUAUCUCGUACGUUACGGGCGCGUCGCUCAGCAGACACUGAAGAAACAACUAGAUGCUCUUCCUCAGUCAGGUGCCUUCAGCAAGUACUACAAAGGAGGCUUUGACCCGAAGAUGACCAAGAGAGAAGCGGGGUUGGUGCUAGGGGUCAGCCCAGCUGCAAGCAAGGCUAAAAUCAAGGAGGCACACAAGAGAAUAAUGCUGUUGAACCACCCUGACAGAGGUGGCUCCCCAUUCCUGGCAGCUAAGAUUAACGGAGCCAAGGACUGUCUGGACAACACACGCGCCGGGAGUUCUUGAUUUCAACAUGAGUGUGUAUGAUGUGUGACUGUUGGAGGUGCCCGGUGUAGCAGGAUCUCACUCCCAGAUAUGUUGGUGCGAUCAGUAUAUUGUAAAUAGUCGGAUUUGUCAAUAAAGAAAAUAUACAUGGA